AUGUCUGAUUUUUUUAUAGAUCUUUUUAUUGCUGCAACAUCCUCUUUUACUUCAAAUUGUCUUUGUACACCUAUUGAAAAUUAUCCAAUGUCUAUUCUAUAACAUAAUGAAUAAAAAGUAUAUUUAUAAUAGACUUAUUAAAGAAUUAUAUGCACAUUUGGAAAGGGAUUAUUCCAAAUACAAUCAGGUAUAUUCCACAUCAAUCAUUAGCUUUUGCUUUUAAGGAUUUAUAUUCAAAAUAAUUAAAAAAAAGAAGUAUAUAUUAUUCAUCUAUUUAGUAAAUCAUUAUAAUCAUCUAAAGAAUAUACUUAUAGGUAGUUUAGCUGGAGCUUCGACUAUGUUGGUCAUGUAUCCAUAUGAAUUUGUUACUUAAAGAACUAAAUAUUUAUAAAAAAUAGGAAAAAGAAUUGAUCUAAAGUGGAGAGAUUGUUUAAUUGAGAUAUUUAAAAAUGAUGGCAUAUUUGGAUACUAUAGGGGGUUAAGUGCUUGUAUUUCCCCAAUUGUAGUAUUUAGAGGUCUAUAAUUUGGUAUUUUCGAUAGCACAAAAGAGAUUACAGAUGCUCUUCCAUUUAUUGGUUAAUUAUUUUGGGUCUAACUAUUAACUUUUGUCUCUCAUGUAAUAUCUUUUCCUUUUUUCAAAAUAAUGAUUAUGAUGAAAGCUGAUUCAUUAAAUUUUAACCAAGCAUCUUUUAAAUAUAAAAAUGUUAUUGAUUGUACAAGUUAAGUAUUAAAAUCUUAAAAAUUAACUUUUUUACUUCAAGGAUCAACUCAACGAUUUUUAUUAGCUACAAAAGAUGCCUUAACAUUAAUGUUAUAUUACAAUAUUUAAUCAUAUUUUAAGGGAAAAUAUCAUCCUUAAUAUUGA